UUGUUGGGGAUCUCCAACUUUUUUUCUUCCGUCUCAACGAAACAUCCCACGUCUUGUUGCGACUUGCUACAACGCGCGCUUUUAUUCUACCAGCUACUCAACCUCCUAUUGCAUACAUAAUCCGCCAAGAUGCCCCGUGCCGUUCGCGGAGUUCUCAUCGAAUGCGAUCCAUCCGUGAAAGCCAUCAUCCUGAAGUAUGACGAAGAAAGACAUGACUACAUUGUGGAGGACUUAGACGACGACCGCCACUUGGUCAUUAAGGAGAGCCAACUGCAGAAUCUGAAAAUCCGACUGGGAAGGGAUCUCGAUGAAAAGGUCAUGCAGCCCGACGAGUCGGAAUCUGAAUAAUUCGAGACGGAUGAUUCGAUCCCCUUCUAUCC